CUGGGUGGACGCCAAAUGACAGCUGUGCCGGUUGCCAUGUCGCUCACUGCCAGCUUCAUGUCUGGCAUCACAGUAAUUGGCACACCAGCUGAGGCUUACCGGUAUGGAGCUGCCUUCUGGCUUUUUGGCUUUUCCUAUGCCAUCAUGUCCACCAUCACUGCUGAGGUCUUUGUCCCCCUUUUCUACCGACUGGGGAUCACCAGCACGUAUGAGUAUCUGGAGAUGCGCUUCAACAGGACCAUUCGGAUAAUUGGAACAACCAUGUAUAUCAUACAAACGGCCCUCUACACUGGUAUGGUCAUCUAUGCCCCAGCUCUUGCACUGAAUCAAAUCACUGGGCUCGAUCUGUGGGGAGUGCUGGUGGCUACAGGAGUGGUGUGCAUCUUCUACUGCACUUUGGGUGGUCUGAAAGCGGUGAUCUGGACAGAUGUGCUGCAGAUGGUGAUCAUGCUGGUUGGAUUUGUGGCUGUCAUUGCGAGGGGAGCUGUGCUGCAGGGAGGCCUGGGGAAGAUCUGGGAAGAUGCUGGGAAUGGAGGCCGACUAGAGGCGUUUGACUUUGACCCAGACCCUCUUAGGCGUCAUACUUUCUGGACCAUUGUAGUGGGUGGCAGCAUGAUGUGGACGUCCAUCUAUUCCAUCAACCAAUCCCAGGUGCAGCGCUACAUCUCCUGCAAAACCUUAACACAUGCCAAGAUGUCGCUGUACGUGAACAUGAUUGGCUUAUGUCUGACUGUGAGUCUGGCUGUGUUUUCUGGCCUCACCAUGUUCUCCAUUUACAAGGACUGUGAUCCCCUCACUAAUGGUAACAUAAGCGCCUCCGACCAGCUGCUUCCCUACCUUGUAAUGGACAUUCUGGCGAUUUAUCCUGGUGUCCCUGGAUUAUUUGUGGCUGCUGCAUAUAGUGGGACGCUAAGCACUGUGUCCUCCAGCAUCAACGCCCUAGUUGCUGUCACUAUGGAGGACUUUGUCCUUCCUCUGUGGAAAAACUUGACAGAGAAACAGAUUUCCUGGAUGAACAUGGGUCUGAGUGUGCUCUUUGGCUUCCUGUGCAUUGGGAUGGCUGGAGUUGCUUCUGUAAUGGGAAGCAUUCUGCAGGCAGCUCUAUCUGUAUUUGGAAUGAUCAGUGGGCCUCUUCUUGGUCUCUAUCUGAUGGGAAUGUUUUUUCGCACACCAAACUCAAUAGGAGGAUUUGUGGGACUGGUCACUGGUCUUGUGUUGACUCUGUGGGUGGGCAUUGGAGCCCAGAUUUACCCACCCACAGAUGAAAAGACCAAACCACUCCCACUCAGCACUGCAGGCUGCCAAACAAACCAGAGCUCCACAACACUGGCUCCCUGGACCAGUCCGGUCACAGUAACCCCUGACUACCGGCCAGCACUGGCAGACUCCUGGUACUCCCUGUCUUACCUUUACUUCUGCAUGUUGGGCAUACUGACCACCAUGGUGACUGGUCUUGUGGUGAGCGCAAUGACAGGUGGAUGUAAGCAGGAGAAGCUGAGCUCUAAGCUGUUUGUGAGGAAGAAUGACCUGAUGUGUUUCACAUGUUUCCGUGAUUCACAGGCACCAGAUGUGACAGAGAAGGCUGCCACAGAUCUCGACAUGGAAGCUGACAACUUUAAUUUCAAAGACUUGGGUCUGACAUACUCGAUAGAGAUGUUGAUAAAGUCACAAAAUUUUAAUGCUGCUAUGUCAAUACAGUAUUGCAGUCUUGGAGAUACAUUUAUAUAUGUAUAUACGAUAACUCAAUGGUUUGGUGCUACCGCGUAA